UUUUAAUAAUAAACCAUAUAUAAACUAGUAAUCUGUGUAAUAAACGAUGUCAAAUCAAGGUCAAUAUGUCACCACAGCCAUCUCAACAGUGGGAGUCGUGGGUGGAGCCUACUGUGCCUACCAAUGCUACAAACAGCUUAUGAAACCAAGACUACCCACUGAAUGGAAGAAAGUAGGCACCUUGAAGGAGCUGAUGAUUUACCCAAUUAAAUCAUGUGCACCAAUAUUUUUAACUUCAGCUGAAUGUACAACACUUGGACUUAGAGAUGGAUGGUUACGAGACAGAGUUCUGAUGAUAAUAGACCAAAAGAACAACUUUAUAACAGCCAGGGCUUACCCGGAACUCCUACUGGUAUAUCCCACUGUCAGGAGCUCUAUUCUCUCACUAAAACACAAAGAUAUGGAGACAGUAUAUUUGAAUUUGGCUGAGGUGGUUGCCCUGGGCAAAGUGGAACAAGCUAAGGUCUGGGGUGUAACUGUACCAGUCUUUGAUUGUGGCAAAGAAGUCAGUGAGUGGAUUUCUAAAUUGUUGAACAGACCUGAUGAGAGUUUCCGCCUUGCAUAUUAUGCGUCACAAAGCUGUCGUGAUUUAAGGCUGACAAGUACUGAUAAAGUUUACAAAUUCACCAAAAAUGAUUCAGGGGCGUUCCCAGAUGAGGUGUCCUAUAACUUGGUAAACGAGGCAUCUGUGCAAGACCUGAAUGGACGUCUCAAAGAGUCUACAGUAACUCAUCACAACUUCCGCGGUAACUUCCUACUGAGCGGCGCCGAACCGUACGCCGAGGACAACUGGAAAUAUGUCAAGAUAGGAGACAAUGUCUUCGAGGUUAUAAAACCGUGCUUUAGAUGCGUUUUGACUACUAUUGAUCCGGAAACUGGUAUUCAUAAUCCUAAAACUGAACCCAUUGAGACAUUAAAAAGCUACCGUCAAGAACCGGACCCGGUGAAACGUAAGGCUGCUGGGUCUUCGCCGCGCAUGGGGCUGCAGAUGGCGCUGCGCUCCGCUCCUGGGACAUCUCUAUCCGUAAACGACGACAUUUACGUCGCAUAAAACUCAAUAUAAAGGGAAACAUGCAUUCCAUUUUUUGUAGUUUAUUUUUUUACUGUUAUUGAGUGUUUAGAUUCUUUGAAUACUUAUCGCUAUAUUUUUACAUUAAUAUACUCGUUACUUCUGUAAAGAUUUUAGAAAGUUU